AUGGCCACGUUCAAGGACUACAACACCUACACCUACUUCCUCGUGACGACGCCGGCCCCCUUCGUCGUGCACGUCGAGAUCAACCGACCGAAGAAGCUCAACGCCUUCUCCGAGCCCGUCUGGCGCGAGUUCGGCGCCCUCUUCAACCGCCUCAGCCACGACCCCGACGUCCGCGCCGUCGUCCUCUCGGGCGCCGGCGACCGCGGCUUCUCCGCCGGCCUCGACGUCCAGUCCGCCAGCGAGGGCACCCUGGGGAGCAGCGUCGGCGGCGACGUGGACCCGUCGCGGUUCGCGACCACGAUGCGCCGCCACAUCGUCGAGUUCCAGGCCGCCAUCGACGCCAUGGAGAAGUGCGAGAAGCCCGUAAUCUGCGUCCUGCACGGCAUCUCCAUCGGGAUCGCCAUCGACAUCUCAUGCUGCGCCGACAUCCGCCUCUGCGCACGGAACACGCGCUUUGCCGUAAAGGAGGUCGACAUCGGCCUGGCAGCCGACCUCGGCACGCUGAGCCGCCUGCCCAAGAUCGUAGGCAGCACGUCGUGGGUCAAGGACGUCUGCCUCACGGCGCGGGACUUCAACGGGGAGGAGGCGAGGGCAGUGGGCUUUGUCAGCCAGGUGCACGAGGAUAAGGCGAAGGCGGUUGAGGCAGGGCUGAAGCUCGCGGGCUUCAUCGCCAGCAAGAGCCCCGUGGCGGUGCAGGGCACUAAGGAGUUGCUGAACCACGCGAGGGAUCACACGGUCGCCGAAAGUUUGCGGUAUACCACGGUUUGGAACGCGGCUAUGUUGCAGUCCAGUGACUUCAAGGCUGCUAUGAUGUCUGGUUUGACCAAGCAGAAGCCUACGUUUGCAAAGCUCUGA